UCUUUCAUAGGAAAAAGAAAUUAGUAUGAGAAUAAAAUCUGGUCUAAUUAGACUUAAACGAGGUAGUUGUACUUGUAACUUACACCAACAGUACCAAAUUAAUAGUAAUAAAUAGCGAAUCAAAGCUCUAUCUGAUAGAAAUUCAACUCUUUGGCACUCACUACUCACACUCCACAUUUUAGCCACAACGCAACAAAAUGGUGCACCCAAUAGCCGAGGCCAACGAGAAUAGCCCCUUCGGAACCCUCACGCCGGACGAGUUCUACGCUCGCCACUCAGUGAGUCACGGCUCCGAGUUCAUUACUAACCCUAGGGGUCUUAAGCUCUUCACCCAGUGGUGGACCCCACUCCCUCCGGCCAAACUCAUCGGAACCCUCGCCCUCGUCCAUGGCUUCACCGGCGAGUCCAGCUGGCUCCUCCAACUCACCGCAAUCCACUUCGCCAAGGCUGGAUUCGCCGCCUGCGCCAUCGACCACCAGGGUCACGGCUUCUCCGACGGCCUCAACACCCAUAUCCCCGACAUCAACCCCGUCGUCGACGACUGCAUCUCUUUCUUCGACGCCUUCCGCUCGCGCUUCGAUCCCUCGCUGCCUUCCUUCCUCUACUCCGAAUCCCUCGGCGGCGCCAUCGCGCUCCUCAUCACCCUCCGCCGUCGCGAAUCGCCGUGGAACGGCCUCAUCCUCAAUGGCGCCAUGUGCGGGAUCAGCGCCAAGUUCAAACCGCCGUGGCCGCUCGAGCACUUCCUCUCCAUCGCCGCGGCAAUAAUCCCGACGUGGCGCGUGGUUCCCACGCGCGGCUCGAUCCCUGAUGUCUCGUUUAAGGAGUUGUGGAAGAGGAAGCUGGCGCUGGCGAGUCCGAGGAGGACGGUGGCUCGCCCACGCGCCUCCACGGCGCAGGAGCUGUUGAGGAUAUGCCGGGAGCUGCAGGGAAGGUACGAGGAGGUUGACGUGCCGUUGCUGGUGGUGCACGGCGGCGACGACGUGGUUUGCGACCCGGCUUGCGUGGAGGAGUUGUACGCACGCGCGGCGAGUAAGGAUAAGACGCUGAAGAUAUAUCCUGGGAUGUGGCACCAGUUGGUUGGUGAACCUCAAGAGAACGUGGAGUUGGUGUUUGGGGACAUGUUGGAGUGGCUUCUGAGCCGUGCUCAACGCGCCGCCGUAGACGGGGGCGCUUAAGGGGGCAAGUGUUUGGGUAUUAUAUCUGUGAUUUUAAAUUGCGGUAUUGUGAAAAACCUCUUGAAACCGCAUCAGAUUACACGUUAAAUCCAUGACUAUAUCAUGUAAUAGUAAGAUGAUAAUAUCGGUUGGCUCAUAUUUAGAAUUAACUAGUUGAUCCUAAAAUGUUAUGGGUUCCACCAAUCUAUCCGUGCAAGUCUCAUAUAAUAUGUACACCCUUUAAUUUAAGGGGAAGGAUAUUGUGACAAUCAAUGUAUUACUAACAAGUGACUACCAAUCAAUCUCACCGUUAAAUUGAUUGUG